AUGAAGCAUUUAGAUCUAUCUAACGAGCGAUUAGCUAAAACAGUGACUUUCUCUAAUGUCAUCACGGAACACUUAAUCACCUUUAACUAAAUUCUGAAAGAAACCAUCUAGGAAACUCUUAAACGAGGCACUGUUGGCGGAGCAAACAUGAUAAGUUUUCACAAGCGAGGCUAGCAUCACCGAAAAAUUUCAGAAAAUAGUUAUGCAUAAGCCUUUAACUUAAAUUUGAAUCUUAUUUCAAAGCCUGAAAAGCAUACUUAAAAUGUGGAGAUCCUUAGCAUUGAAACUCAAUCAACUGAGAGUCAUUAGCCAAAUGAUUUGCAAAUCACAAAAAAGGAGGAUAAUAAGGUGUUCCAUAGUGCGGGACUCUAAAAAUCUUCUCAAUUAUAAAAUCGAUCAUCCAGUCAAAAAGAGGAUACAAUUAAAUUUGAUGAGAAGAAGUAAGUUUAAUCAUCCCAACAUUUUAGAUAAAUUUCAAAUGGAUCAUAAGCGGUCAAGAGAAAAUUAUAGGGUUGGGGAAGUAUGCAAAGGUUGUCGUUAUUUGAGUCAGUUAGGGAACAAUAGAAUAAAAUUGUUACAAAGGACUAAUCAAAAUUAUAAAGAAUUAAAAAGGAAAGAUCACCUUAGAGCAAAUCAUUUGUAAGCACACCACUUGGACAAAACAAAGAUAGCAAGGCACCACAAUCUAGAUUGAGAAUAAAUAAUAGCAGUAGCAGGCAAAGUUUAUCAUUGAAUGGUAGAUUAAGCAGUCAACUUUUGUCACCCACUGUUGCAGCAAUGAACAAAAUGAAGAUUCUGCCAUCCUUUGAACCUAUUAAAAAGCAAAGAUCUUAAUUGGGGUCAAAUUGCUCAUCAAUAAAGUCUAUUACAACACCUAAGAGCAGCAAGAAACCAGUCUUAAACAAAGAUUAUGGCAUAAUCUUGAAUAAAAAGGCAAAGACUUAAUAAAUCCCUAAUAUAAGUAGAAAUUCUGUAGAAAUUAAAAAGUCCUAGCAGCCAUAAUAAGUUACUAACAGUAGAAAUCAAUGCAUUGAUAAAUUUUCUAAAACAAGUUAUCAAAAUAUCAAAUCGGUAAAAGAUAGUAAUUCUCAUGUCUACAGAAAUAGUUUGAUCGAGCAGACUACUUCACUUCUACUUAAGAAGUAUAGUAAAAGGUAAAAGACUUCGCUUAAUAAUUCUAUAUUCAAUUCGUUUGCUGGCAGUAGUAUGCUAAAUAAAGGAGAUAUUUUAUCUCCUAAAUAUCAGAAUAAAACUUUGAAAGUUGCCUCUUGCAACUAAGAUAAGAAAAAAAUCAAGAAUUUAAAGUAAUAAGUUACAAUAGACACAAGCUUAAAUAUGUUUGACUACGGAUUAUGA